AUGCCUUCCAACGGCUCGCUCUCCUCCGGUGUCGAUAUCUCCCUGCCUACGAAUCGAUCCAGCGAGAACGGAGAAUGGACCCCAGAGCUUGACCGGGAGCUGCGCGCCAGAGAAGCCUCGAAUAUCCAGGUCAAAAGCCAGAAUGCUAUUGCGUCCGAGUUCUUCCCUCACGGCAAGCGCUCGCUUUCUGGCAUCGCUGUGCGUGCCUUCUGCUUAGGAUGCACGCUGGUUCUUGGCCUUGUCGGUACUGGUCUGCUUGCAUACAGCGGUAGCCAUCUAUGGCGACCGUUCCUGUUCCUCAGCACGCUGUCUCUGUUCCACUUCCUCGAGUUCUACACGACCGCCGCCUACAACACCCCUGUCGCAUACAUCGGCUCUUUCCUCCUCACAAACGGCGAUCAAUACCGACAAGCUCAUGCGAUGGCCUUCAUCGAGACGCUUGUAACGUCGUACUUUUUUCCCGGUUAUCAAUCGACGAUCCACCCGCCGUGGUUGAUCGCGCUGGGCAUAACGAUGAUUGUGGUGGGACAAGCUGUUCGCAGUACGGCCAUGAUGCAGGCGGGCACCAACUUCAAUCACCAAGUGCAGUCGCGUAGGAAUGACGGACACGAGCUAGUGACUCAUGGCGUGUAUCGCUACUUUCGUCACCCGUCAUACUUUGGCUUCUUCUGGUGGGGUAUCGGGACGCAGGUCAUGCUUGGCAAUACUGUUUGCUUCUUUGGAUUUACCGGCGUGUUGUGGUACUUCUUCAUGAAGCGUAUUUACCAUGAAGAAAAGUUUUUGAUAAGAUUUUUUGGUGAUGAGUACGAGGCGUACAGGGCACGAACUCGUGUUUGGAUACCCUUCAUUUAA